AUGUCGUCUGAACUAACGACAUUACUAGCUCUUAUUGGAACAAAAACUGUGAUUUAUGUCGGAUCGAUUACUUUUGUUAUUGGUAUUAUUGGUGGACUUCUCAAUAUAAUUGUUUUCCUGAGUUUGAAAACAUUCAGACUUAGUCCAUGUGGUUUCUAUUUACUUAUAAUGUCAAUCGCCAAUAUAGGUGAGAUGAUUUCAGGCUUACUGAGUCGAAUUUUAAAUGCAGCAUUCGACAUCGAUUGGUCAUUAACAUCAUUAUUCUACUGCAAGGUUCGAUUAUACUCUUAUCAGGUCUGUGCGCUGACAUCAUUGACUUGUAUUUGUCUGGCAAGUAUUGAUCAAUAUGUUUCGACAUGUUCUCGUCCACAAUGGCAGAGAUGGUCAAAUAUCAAAGUAGCUCAUCGUUUGUGUGGCAUAUUCACCCUGAUUUGGAUCGGUCAAAAUAUUCCCGCUAUAAUUUACUACGAUCAUGUUGUCUCACGAUCAACGGGAAGAGUUAGUUGCACACUUACGAACUCGGUAUACCAUCAAUUUACAGUGUAUGUUGUUACUAUCAUUCUCGGAAGAGUGCUACCGAUAACUAUCACUGUUAUAUUCGGAUUUUUGUCAUACCGAAAUGUGCAACGAAUCGCUUAUCGAAGUAUGCCGAUGGUUCGUCGUGAAUUGGACAAGCAGUUGACUAAGAUGGUGCUGGUGCAAAUAGCUUUCGGGUUUUUCACUCUUACGCCAUAUAUGAUCGUUUAUCUUCUACUACAAAUACCAUCGCUUAGUCCAGAUCCAGUCUACUCUGCAUCUCUACAGCUCGCACUUUCUUUAACAACAGUGGUGUUGUAUAUAUAUUUUGCGAGUCCAUUCGGCAUAUUUUUAUGCUCGUCGAGUAGAUUCCGUCGGCAACUGGUCUACGUACUGUUUCAGAUAUAUUUCAAAAACUUACGAGAACGAGGGGGACACCUACUAAGACGUAAUAAAAUGACACACGUACAAGAGAAUUCGGAGCGCAGUGACUUCUAUUGGCAAUCCUAUUCGUCUCCAAUUCCAUUAAUGUCUGUAUCUGUUCCACCAACAGCGUUCUCUUCUCGAUUACCUUCAUCUUGUCAAACAUCCGUGAGUGAACCGAUAUGUUCAUCUCCAACCGCCCCGACUUCUAUAAUCACCGAUGAUAUUUCAUUAACAUCGACAGUUCUUCAUCAAAUUGACAUUUCGAAAUAUUAUUUUGCUCAUGUCAUCAAAGUGCCACAUGGCACGAAUCUUCUUGCAUCGAAUAAUCAAACGACUACAUUAUGUGUGAAUUCUGUCGACAAUAUUAUUCAUCUUAUAACACCAACUGGUUAUAAUAUUCGGUCAUUGCGAUGGCCGGACCCUAGGGAGAAAGUUGAGCAUUUAUUUUGGUGCGACAUAACACAAUCCUAUCUCGUAGCGACUUCGAAAAGUCUCUGUACCCUUCAGUAUAAUACAAAUCAGUCGCUUCGAAUAGAAAAAUCUCUGGACUUACCUUCAAAGCCUUUCUCAACAAGUAAUCUCAUCGCUUGCAAUUCCUACCGUCUCUAUAUUUAUAACCAAUCAAUUGACAUCUAUACACUCCAAUUGAACCAUUUACACACGAAACAACUACCGAAAGAAUUGACACAACAUGAAAUGAAGGCACUGACUUGCUCGGACUCGUAUCUAAUCUUUCAUUAUGAACAUCUAACAAACAAAUUCGCUGUGCUGGAUUCAACAACACUGACAAUCAAAUAUCAAUUUGAGUUAUCAUAUCGAGACAUUUCGAGUUUGCACUGCCUCGAUGAAAACACUUUAACAUUCAUCGGCGUUCGCAAAGACGGAGAAAACCGUGUGGUUUUGUAUCAAUUCAGCGACGAUGAAGAAUGUGAAGCUCAGCCAAUGGUUAUGGAAAAAAGUAUUAAUGAGGAGUAUCAAACUGUUCAAUUACUUCCGAAUUGUCAUGACUUAAUUAUUCUCAAUGUCGAUUCGUCUCGUGUACAAUAUUUGAAAUACCGUUCUUAG